AUGGCUCCAAGCACACGCCGCUCUUCGGGACUUGCAGCUCUUGCAGUGGCGCUCACUUUGACAUCGAUUGCACAGACCUUCCUCUGUGGGAGGACGUUGACGAAGUCCUCUUUGCCCUCCUCGACACCACGCCGAGUGAAAGUCUUCGACUUGCCUUUCCUGAACAGCGAGCCGGAGCAGGACCCAGCAGAAACCGGCACGAGAUCCGCGCGGCAGGCCGACGAAGACUCCGCGCGGGUGGUGGAGGUGUCUAUGCCCCUGGGCGUGGACUUCGAAGAGCGCAGCGGCGGGGACAUCUACGUCAAGGAAGUGGAUAAGUCCAGCGACGCUUGGGCUCAAGGAGUUCGCCCCGGGGCCCAAUUGGUGAUGAUCAGCGCCACUUUCGGAGAUGAGAUGUGGAAUACGCAGGGUGUCGGCAUGACCCAGUUUCUCACGGUGCUCAACUCUCGCUUUGGCUCCAACAUGAAGUUGGCUUUGGCCAAGGAAGAUCAGAACGUGCUCUCCGCUUUCUUGGAUGCCUUCAAGGGCUCACCUGGAGAGAAUCAGAGCCCUGAGGAUGCAGAGAAGAAGCAGCAGAGCCUGGAGGCCAUCUUCAACGAAGAGGAGGAGAAGCUGCAGAAUGGCGGUGGCAUGUG